AUGGCUCCCGAAGUCACGAUUGAUGUCGUUAUCUAUGUCUGUAUUGUGCUUACUUGUGCCUCUGUAUUAUUGAGGACCCUGGUCAGGUACAAAUGGCUCGAUGUUGGAAUGAGGGCGGAAGACUGGUUGAUGGUUGUCGCAUUGNNGUCGGUCUGCUGCUAUAUCAGCAUGAAUAUCACUUUGUUGACCCCUUUGCAACAGGUGUUCUACUUGCUCUUCUGCGCAAUGAUCAUUGCCAUGACUAUGGUUGAACAUCAGAACCCAAUUUUGACAGAAACCAGUGCAGAUUUGGUACUGCUGCUACUGUCCAUUGGAGAGUUCCUCUUCAUAGUGGCGUCUGUUGCCUUCAAAAUUUCAAUAGCGAUCUUCUUUGGGCGUUUCCUCAUCGAUCGCACACAACACCUUAUAAUACUGGGCAUCACGGGCCUGUACUGUAUCAUAGCUACGGUCGGCUUCUUCAUCUGUCUGCUACAAUGCGGCGCACCCGUCCACUUGGCCAUGCAAGAGAUCAAUGGCAAGUGCAUUCCCAUACCGUGGUUCCUAGGACUUCUCUAUACCCACGGUGCGCUGUCAGCAUUCUCGGACUAG